AUGGAAGGCGGUACAAAUAGAGUCCUGGCUAGUGAUCGAAUCAAGAAUGGGGCUCAUCCGACCAGACGCGCAGACGCAGCGGCGAAAUUGCCUCGCGAGACAAUGUUGACUGCCACCCGAAACGAGCAAAUUGACAAUUACAACCCGACAGACAAUUCGCAGCCAACUGGAAAGAUAUCCACCGAAUGCCACAACGUCGGAGCUGGUGAUCAACGCAUCUCGCGCCGCGAUCGGAACAAACCACUCGGAAUAGCACACGGAGGAAGAGGCAACGUACGUGCCAAGUGCGGACCAAAACCAACAAGGAAUGAUCCACAGAAAGAGGCAAUAAUCAUUCCGCCACGCGGUUGA